ACGUCAAUAAAAAUAAAUCGAUUUGACAUUUAUGAAAAAUAGGUUAAGUCGAACGCUUGUUUGUAAAAAAAACAUUAAUUAAAAUGUCCAAUUUAAUUAAAAAAUGCAAAAUAAUUACAAUUUGACUAAACGUUUAUUGAUUGUAGUGGUUUUUUUGUUGUUUGUGUUACUAUUUAAGGGUCUCCUAACUUAGAAAAUGUCGAAAAAAGUGUCGUACUUUUAUAAUCCCGACGUGGGGAACUUCCAUUACGGAACCGGACACCCAAUGAAACCGCAUCGCCUCGCCGUAAUCCAUAGUUUAGUUUUAAACUAUGGCUUAAACAAUAAAAUGCAAAUUUACCGUCCUUACAAAGCAAGUGCUCACGAUAUGUGUCGAUUCCACUCGGAUGAGUACAUCGAUUUCUUACAAAGAGUCACCCCCCAAAACAUCCAAGCAUUCACCAAACACUUGAGUCAUUACAACGUCGGUGACGAUUGCCCCGUUUUUCACGGUUUAUUCGAUUUUUGUUCCAUGUAUACGGGGGCGUCUUUAGAGGGGGCCGUUAAACUGAACAAUAACCACUGCGACAUCGCCAUCAAUUGGUCCGGCGGGUUACAUCAUGCGAAAAAGUUCGAAGCUUCCGGAUUUUGUUACGUUAACGAUAUCGUAAUCGCGAUUUUAGAGCUUUUGAAGUAUCACGCUAGGGUUUUGUAUAUUGAUAUCGAUGUACAUCACGGCGAUGGUGUUCAAGAAGCUUUUUAUUUAACCGAUCGUGUUAUGACGGUUAGUUUUCAUAAAUACGGAAAUUUUUUUUUCCCAGGAACUGGCGAUAUGUAUGAAGUUGGGGCUGAAAGUGGUCGUUAUUAUUCCGUUAAUGUCCCAUUAAAAGAAGGUAUCGACGAUUCAAGUUAUUAUCAAGUUUUUAAACCUGUCAUUUCAAGCGUUAUGGAAUUUUAUAACCCAACCGCUAUUGUUUUGCAAUGUGGGGCUGAUUCGUUAGCUGGAGAUAGGUUAGGAUGUUUCUCUUUAAGCACAAAAGGGCACGGCGAAUGCGUUAAAUUCGUAAAAGAUCUAAAUGUACCCACUUUGGUGGUUGGGGGAGGUGGAUACACCUUAAGGAAUGUAGCCCGUUGUUGGACUUUUGAGACAUCAUUGCUUGUUGAUGAGCAAAUUUCAAACGAACUGCCUUAUACUGAAUAUUUAGAGUUUUUUGCUCCCGAUUUUACGCUUCAUCCCGAAGUCGUGACUCGGCAGGAGAAUGCUAACAGUAGACAGUAUUUGGAGACAAUUGUUAAGUACGUUUGUGAAAACUUGAGAAUGUGCCAACAUUCUCCUAGUGUUCAAAUGAACGAUAUCCCACCAGACGCGAUUCAAGAAGACGACAAAAUUAAAAAGGAGGAAGAUCCAGAUGUCAGAAUUAGCCAGGAUUUGGAGGACAAAAUGGUUGAGGCUAAAAACGAAUUUUACGACGGGGAUAAAGAUAACGAUAAAGACGAAAUGGAAAGUUAAUUUUUAAGGCUAAUCUCAUCAAUAAAUAAAUAAAUAAUAAAGUUUAAAA